AUGGAGACCCUCAAAACCCAUGCACCCACCGCAGACAACCAGCAGCAGCAACUGCAACAGCAACUGCAGCAGCAACUGCAGCAGCCGCUGCUGCAACAGCAGCAGCAUUGCUGCUGCCUGUCUUGUUGCACAGAAGCAGAAUCAGCAGCAAGCGACACGAAUGCAGGCGCAGCCACCGCCGCCGCCGCCGCAGCAGCAGCAGCAGCAGCAGCAGCAGCAACAUCAAAAACAACAGCAGCAUCUCCUGGUGCUGCUGCUGCUGCUGCUGCAGCAGAUCCGCUGGUCCUGGCGGUGCAGCAUCUUGCAUGCAGCCUGAGGGAGGCGAAGGAGGAGAUUAACCUCCUAAAGACAGAGACAGACAAAACCUCAACAGACACCCCACAACCAGCAGCAAACACCCUGCAGCAACCUGCAGCAGCAGCAGCAGCAGCAGCAGCAGCAGCAGCAGCAGGGGGUGUGUGGCGCUGGCCUCAAGAUGGACAAGGCCCCUCAAUAAACUGCAACAGCAACAGCAGCAGCAGCAACAACAGCAGCAGCAAGCAGCAAACACCCUGCAGCAACCUGCAGCAGCAGCAGCAGCAGCAGCAGCAGCAGCAGCAGGGGGUGUGUGGCGCUGGUCUCAAGAUGGACAAGGCCCCUCAAUAA